AUGAUUCAUCGUCAAGCUUUUCACUUUAAUUUUGAGAAUUCAUUUAUAUUAUUUAGAUAUAUUCAGGCUCCAAAGCCUUUAUCAAUAUUUCCAAUAAAUGAAUUUAAGCGUUUUUCUAUUUCUUCAUGGCUAUAUUUAAACAAGAAUCUUUCUUUUUUAUUUGAAAAACCUCUAUUCUCAUUUACUCAUUAUUUAGAGCAUCCAACGCACUUAAUACAAUUAAAUCAAUUGCAUUUUAUUUUUCAAAAUGUUUUUUCUAAAAAAUUAUCUUUAUGGGGAAUGAGAUUUACAUGGUUUGUACUUUGUAGUAUAUUUAUAUAUGUCAACAAGAAUCAGAAUUUUGUUGUCCAAUGCCAGUCUAUUAAUCAAGAGCUGAUUGGGAAUGAAUCAAAAACUGGUGAAAAUACUUCCAUAUUUAAACGUAUGGAAGAGUUAGUCAAAAUAAAACAGAAAGAAAUUAUUGAGGCUUUACAAGUGAUAGAUGGCCAAAAAUUUGAAGAAGAUUCUUGGGAAAGAGAUGGGAUAGUUGGCAAAACAUGUGUUCUUCAAAAGGGAAAUGUUAUUGAAAAAUCAGGUGUUAAUAUAUCAGUAGUGAAAAGAAAUUUACCAUAUGAUACUAUAGAAAAAAUGCGACAAAAUCAUCAAUGUUUGAUAAAUUUAGGAAAACUAUUGGAUUUUCAUGUAUGUGGAUUAUCAAUUGUUGUACAUCCUCAUAAUCCUAUGGCACCAAGUAUCCAUAUAAAUUAUCGUUAUUUUGAAGUCGAAGAUAAUGAUGGCUCUCCAAAAAUCUGGUGGUUUGGAGGUGGUGCAGAUCUUACUCCAUCUUAUCUUUUUGAUGAAGAUGCAAUUCAUUUUCAUAGUACUUAUAAAGAAGUUUGCGAUCGCUACGAUAAAGGGUAUUAUCCAAAGUUCAAAAAAUGGUGUGAUCAAUAUUUCUAUAUUAAGCAUCGAGGAGAAACUAGAGGAAUAGGUGGAAUUUUUUUUGAUGAUUUAGAUAAUAAGGACCCAGAAGAACUUUUUUCUUUUAUUAAGGAUUGUAUUGAUGCUUUUUUGCCUUCUUAUAUUCCAAUUCUUUUACGUCGAAAGGAUAUGGAAUAUACACCUGAAGAAAGACAUUUCCAACAAAUAAGACGCGGGAGAUAUGUAGAAUUUAAUAUGAUAUAUGAUAGAGGUACAGCAUUUGGACUCAGUAUUCCAAGCUCUCGUAUUGAAUCGAUUCUGAUAGCAUUGCCUUUUACUGCAUCUUGGGAAUAUCAAUAUGUUCCAAAAGAUCCUCGUGAAAAACGACUAAUUGAAAUUCUUAAAAAUCCAAAAGAAUGGAUAUGA